UCACCUCCGAAGAACCGCGACCCGCUCAACACCACAUUGCGACAUCCACGUUUGCAUUUGCCUUGGGCGACAUGGAAAGCUUUUGAAGCCCUGCACUCUGAAACAAAACUGCGCCGUCGUUCCGCUGGAUAUGAGCCUCGUUUGGCAGCGCUGUGUUCACUAGGGUUGACGUGGAGCGAGCUUCCACAAAAUGUCAAGUCAGAAGAUCUCAAAGUUGUUAGAUAAAAUAGAGAAGGCAGAAAACGUCAAACAGCGAGAUGAGUUUCUCGAUGACUUCAAGCAACUACUAAGCUACAGGCGCAAUAACCCUGAAUUAAACAAUGUCGAAGGUAACACACAUUCCGAUCUGCUUGACAGUCUAUUCGACUGUCACGACAAGGUUUUCGACAGGUACAAAAAGGCACCUACACGACACACACCCAAACCUGGCAGUAAAAGAGGGACUACUGUCAAAGACAAGAAGCUCGACAGUCUAACAAGACUCGCGGCCGCAAUAAACCUGACUUUAGAAUCCUGCAUACGUCAGAUUGAGAUCAAAACUGUUAAAGUUGUGAUCAUCUUUAUCUUGGAUGUACUUGAAAACCUUGAAGAUCACUCUGAACAGCUCAGAGUCGACUUUCACAAAUGUCUGCGGCUUGUCUUGAGCUACCCACCUCAUGUGGAACACCUGCCUAAGAAUAUUUGGAAUACCAUCCUGGAGUAUUGUUUGGAUGGUAUCUCCAGUUUCCAACAUAGAUCGGUCUCCGGCAGCAGCUUCCAUCACACCGGCACUACUUCUGGUGCGCGAGGCACUCCGGAUCCUUCCGCUGAAUCAACCCCAAGAUCUUCUUUCAUGCGCGACUCGUCAAACAUAGACCGCCAUAGCUCCGGUUCUAGUGGGUCAAUUGCGAUGAAUGAACUCGUAUAUUGUGUCCGGUACCUCACCUCGGCCACCAACGCUCCUUUGUUUGACAAAGCUUAUCAGCGGAUUUUGUUUGUGUUGAUCGAGUGGCUGCAAGCACCCAGAGGCAUAAUUGGGGCUUAUGUUGAAGCCUUUACUGCCAUCAACCACAUCAUUUCCAGGAUUUCACUUGACUUCGGUGCCGUCGCGCAACAAGCAAUCAAGAGCUUGAUACCAAUUAUUAGGAAUUCCUGGUCAUCGAGGUUGUCUCUUCUCAAGGAAGAGCUGCUCAUCACUCUGAUACACAGCAAAGCCCAUAUUGCCAGCAUGCUUCAUAUGGUGGCUGAUGAUGCUGAUGAGCUACGGUUUGACCUGGAGAGCCUAUUAGAUACGAUGCAAGCAGAAUACGGGAAGCGCCCCGACAGAGAACAACUACAGGUCGAUGACCUGCGCCUACGUUUCCGAGUGGAUUGUCCUUUUGAACAAUCGCCUUUCCAUAUGGCAUUGUGUCGCUUGCGCCCUGGCAACACCAAGUCAGAGCAUCCAUGGAUACUGGUACACUUGAUUUCUUAUUUCUCAGUGCUCCUGGACUCGACCCGCGCUCCAGCUGUAGCCGACAACUCGUUCCUUCAAGAUGGCGAAGAAACACCGAGCAAAAAGCAACGGACUAUGCAAUAUCUCCAAGAUUAUCUUCGACAACUCAUGAACCCCCAUUCAACCAGCAAAGUAUGCGCUUCGCAGAUUGUAACUUUCAUGGUCCACCAAACGCCCUUGGACGUGGAAAGUCUCGAGUUUGCACUAGAUAAAUUGACCACUCAGGUAUCCGACGGUAACGCUGCAGUAUCCAACUGGGCUAUGCUCGCAAUUGCUAGUUGCGCGAUCCAAAUGUCCUCCGCCUCCUCAAAACUCAGGUCCCAGUGGGCUACUGUUUGGCAGCUUGUGUCCAGGAACAUCAACGCGAUCUCAACCUGCAGAGUCGCUGCCCACGCAAUGGAUGUACUGCUGAGGUUAAACCUGGUAGAUUAUUCACUUACGGUUGAGACAAUGGACGCCAUGAUCUCCUCAGUCGAAUUGCACGGUCCAGCUGUCCUUUCGGAGACGACUUCUUCGUUAUGGAUAACGAUACUCGAUAUGAAAAAUUCCGAGAGCCCUCACACAUCCAAUGUGACCGCAGACCGCAUGUUUCGAUGGCUCACGUCUAAAUGGACGCCAAGCAACUUCCACGAGAAGUCCUAUACUCUUCAAAAUUCUCAUCAUUGCGACGCUUGGGAUGUCGUCAGGGUUCUGUUUACCUGCGCCGACCGUGAAACACCUCUGUUCCAAGGCAACCCAUUCUCCAGCUUUGGACCUCUCGCAAUAGCCUGGAUGCAGGCUCACAAAUGGCCUGGCCUCACCAACUAUCUUCUGUUACUAGAAGAGGAUGGCGGAUAUCUGGCCGAACCUCAAACAAGCACAGAGGUUGUUUCAAAUCUACAACAGCAACGUUCUGCUCGAGCAGACAAACUCAUUCUGGAUUAUUGUUCAUCAGAACUGGAGAAGACCAUCCAGCGUUUCACGGAAUGGGGCGCAGAGCGAUCAAACAGCUUCACUACAGAGAUGUUACGUUCAAUCACCACGCUUUGUAUCGUUGCAUCUCACUUGUCGACCGGAACGUUUGCCAUUCCUGGUGCCCGAAAGAACGAUAUACAGCAGAACAACAGUGCUCUCAUCAAGAUGUUGGCAGGCUUUGUUGCAAAGCCGGACACUGACCUGUUAUCUGUCGACGCUGUAUUGGAAGUCGUAGCUUCAUGUCUUCCCGCCAUCUCUACUUUGGAGUCUUUUGAUGCUGAGUUGUUCGACAAUAUUGCAAUCACCCCGCUCAUACUUCACUUGGCUCAGGCGCUGCAUGAUCGCAGAUCAAACAAGGAUGCACAUCGACCGACUGGACCUUACGACCCAAUGGAAAUCGAUGACGGAUUCGAAUCACAACGCAGCAACAGUGUCUUGAAACAUAAUACAGAUGAAUUACCACGAGCCAGUAUUGCAGCUGAGGUAAAUAUAUUAUCCCUACGAGGAAUGACAUCAGCUACCAUAUUGCUGCUCUCUUCGGCUUUCGAGAGUUUGCCUGUCAACGGAGUAAUCACAAACAUCCCGCACACCUUUUUGGAGCAUAUGCGCUCGCUUCCCGCUGCUGAAUUUUUAGCUUGCAGAAAGCUCUUAGUGGAUGUUCUCUCCUCUCCGUUAUGCUUGACAAUUGAGGAUGCAGACGAUGUGCUUGUAUACGUAGCCAAUGAGUUUUUGCAGGCCUACGAGUAUGAAAGAAACGAGGUUGCUAUCGGACUCUGCGUGGAAAUCAUGACAAGCACCGCGUCGUUAUGGUUACCAAAAAACUCACGCUUACACGAUGUCGGGCUAGACAUCUACGAGUGGCUUCUCAGACUCUUUGGCAAGACCGGAACUACAUCUUCGGAAAUACUGAUACGCGUUGUGGACCUCUUCCAGGAGUUAUUACGGAUUCAACCGGAAUAUGCGCAAGACUCAGGCAUACCUUCAGUGCGCACCGAACUGGUCGAUGUCCUUGACAAAGGCGAUAUCCCGAUCAAAUACCAUAUCAUCGAUCGUCUUCCAAAGAUCUUCGAGAUGUUCGUCUUGAGCGAGCAUGAGGCUUUUUUCGGCAUUAUUUUCGAGAAUCUACCAAAAGAUGACACCUGGAAAGAAGGCAUGGCGCUCCGGCUCUAUGCUUUCGCUACACUCGGAUCGGCAUGGCAUACGUUGUUGCGGUUGUGUGUAUACCACACAUUUGAACAAGUAGGACUUGUCAAAGCGACAGAACGCCAUGCCACUCGUUGCAUGCUAUCUAUAUCUAGAGCCCUGCAGCUCGAGGAUCCCCAAACCCUUUUCCGCCUCUACGUUCCACAAUUUCUCUACACAUGGCUGUGUAAAGAACAGAUAAAGAACAUCCCGUACCGGACCUUUGGUUACGAAUCCCUUGCUGAGCUUUUGGAAGAUGUUCAAGACGAGGUCUAUGGGCAACUGGCGAUGCGUGGUGAUUCAAAUAGAAUUUCAGACCUACUGGCUUAUCUUCAAGUCACCGAGGAGAUUCUUUUGACCAAAACGUUUGCCAAGGCUACUGCAUAUACAAUAGCUGAGGACACCCGAACACAGAGCAAGGGAGACAAGCCUACCAAGAGUAAUGAGGCUCGUCUACGAGAGUUGAUGCAGGAAAAAUAUCUCGAGCUUGUUAGGAAACAAUUCCCUUGCAUCUUAGGCCUGCUCAUCUAUUCCAUGGAAGCCCCAGAGCGAGUGGAGAAACCAUUGUCAAAGGAAAAAGACUCAAAGUUCACGAGUGUUGGACACGCAUUGAAAGACAUCCAAAGUAUCAGUUCCUCAAAGGCCACACUUCCCGCAGACCAACAACCUUCAUUCAACGCGGUACACAUAUUUGACGAGAUACGCCGCCUGACUAGGCGAGUAGGAUACGAACACCCGAACGGAUUCUGGGGCCCGGAUUGCUUCACCUACGUUCUGCGGUUGCUGCUGAGUAAGAUCCAUUCUGCUCUGGGCUCUCUCCACGCAUGUUCUGUAAUCAGGAAAAUCAGGUUUUUGAUUUCCCUGGCAGGGCCUGUGGCUUUUGAUGGUUAUCCACUGCAAAUGACCCUCAGUGCGCUACGCCCAUUCUUGACAGAUAGCCAAUGCGCUGAUGACACGCUUGGUAUUGUCCAAUAUCUCUUUGAUCACGGAAAACCUUACCUGAUCCAUCAACUGCCCUAUGUCGCCGGCAUAUCUCUAUCUAUUUUAAUAUCCUUACGGGUCUUCCUUUCAUCCUCCCAAGACAGCACCACACAGGAGAGCCAACAUUUCGCAACUUUGGACAAAGCGAAAUCGUUUCAUUCAUGGUUUGCAGCUUAUCUGUUAUCAUACACGGAUACAUUGCUACAAAUGGCGCCAAACAGGAGUUCAAAAGCAUCCUUGGGCCUAUUCCAGACGAUGAUACAUGCUGCUUGCGAGGUACGCACUGAAGGAAACGCAAUCCGAGGUUCACCUGAGAGCAAGCUCCUAUAUGCAUUGUUGGAAGAUGAUCGGAACGGUCGAAGGCUGCUUGACGGACCUUCUCAAAACCUUGCUUAUAGCCUUCUCUGUCAUCAGUUCCAUGCACCGCCCUCAUUCCGAGAAGACAUACUUGGAUCGAGCGAUGAUGCUACGAAGUUUUCUACGCAAGUCUGGAAAUCGAGCCGAAGAACUGACAACAGUGAGGAAUAUCUUCUUUGGACAGCAAGAGCUUUGGGACGGGGCUACAGUGCUUCUGGAAAUAUAAGCGGGAGCCUUCGCCGGGCAGCUCAAGGGAAAAACAUCUCUGACCGGUUUGAAGAAGCUUCGUUUCGUACUUCUCGGAUGCUUAUCUUGGAGCACUUGGCAAACCUAUUGCGGGGCGGCAGCCUUCAUGAAGGAGGCAUUGCCGAGGAAGCGCUCCGCACAUUCCUCUCCAAAAGAGAUGGUUCGCGGGAUGGACCAGAUGAAUUUUCCGAGGCCGAACAAGUCCUCCCAGAGCCUCUUAUUUACGGGCUUGCGCUGCAAGAUCCUUUCGAUAUUCCAUUUACCCAACCUCCACUGUUUAAAAGCAUUCAAGAUAAUGCUUUCCCUUCAAGGCACAAAGAGUUUCGCCAUUGGAUAUCGGACCUGUGCAUUGCACUGGCUCAGUCCGCGGCUGAUGACCGAGUGGCCUGUGUGCUGCCAAAGUUCUUAUUGGGAAUCAAGUCGUCUGGUGAGGUACUGUUCCCGUACCUACUCCACAUCGCCCUUGAAAGAGACUUCGAAGGGCAACAAAGCGUCAAAAGCACGAUGUCUGAGGCUUUCCGCAAGUGGUUCUCCGGUUGUGACGACGACAAGAUACUUUAUGUCAAAGUGCUCCUUCAAUCCUUACUCUACCUACGGACACAGCCGAUGCCAAAGGAAUCGACUAUUGCAGAUCGUACUCAAUGGCUAGAUAUUGAUUGGCUCGAGGCAUCAAAUGCUGCAGUAAAAUGCGGCAUGUACAGAGCGGCCUUGUUACUUGCAGAAAUCCAUGGAAAGCAGCCUGCGCGUGCUUCUAGGCGUUCCUCUGUCAUGCCACAGGAGCAGUCCAUUCCACUUCAACUCCAGUUGUCAAUCUAUAAGAACCUGGAUGAGCCAGAUUACUUUUAUGGAGCAGAGCAAGAACCCAGCCUGACAUCGGUGCUGAACAGGCUCGACUACGAAGCUGAGGGGUUCAAAGGAUUGUUGUUCCGCGGAGCCAGAAUGGAUAGUCAGAUGCGCAGGCUCAACAAUGUCUUGCCUUCAGACUCGAGAGGUAUAAUCAAAGACCUGACCAUGCUGAACUUGAACAGUUUAACACAGGCUUUGCUGUCAAAUGACAAUUUCCGUGAUACUGGAAACUCUAUCAACAACACGUUGGAAGUGGCACGAAAGCUCGAGCAAUGGGAUAUACGAGCGCCAUCAACCAAAACGUCGGAAGCUGCAUCAAUCUACAAAGCUUUCCAAGGCCUGCACAAUGCGGUAGAUCUACAAACAGUGCGAAAGCAUCUUGAUCUGAGCUUCCUUGAGACCAUGAAAGUCUGCUCUGGCCUCAAGACAUCCACACAAACUUUACAGGCGUCUUUCCGAACAUUAGCAAUCUUGAACGACAUUGAUGAGAUAAUGAGCUCCAAAAACGCGGAGCAACUGUAUGAGACAUGGGACAGGUUUAGAGACCGCGGUGCCUGGAUGAACGACGGGCGAUUCGAAGACGUUCGGUCGAUUCUAUCAUCUCGAGAAACCCUUUUCAGCCUACUCAGCAGGAGUCCGCAACUGCAAGAAAUUAUUCAUACGGGACCAAAAGAUCUGCGGAGCUUGGAGGUGAAACAGCUUGUCGAUGUUUGCUCCACGUGCCGGAAACAUGGAGCGCUGCAGGAAUCGCUUGCGACUGCCACUUACCUUGCAGAUAUGAUAGAGCCAUGCCGCGAAGUUGGAUUAAACAUAGCAGUAGUUGCUGAGUUCGAAACUGCUAGUGUCCUCUGGGACCAAGGAGAGACCACCACAUCCAUUAGAAUGCUCCAACGGCUCGAGGAGGACGUGAAGCCAGGUGAAGCGGGAGUGGAGCGGUCCGUUUUGCUUGCUACGCUGGGCCACCAUGUUGGAGAAGCACGCUUGGAAAAGCCGGACGAGAUCAUGAAGCACUACAUGGAACCAGCGAUCCGAGAGCUAAAAUCCCAACAGACUGGAAGGCAGGCAGGACAAGUCUUUCAUCAGUUUGCCGCAUUCUGUGAUAAACAGCUCCAGAGCCAAGAGACCAUUGAUGACAUGAACCGAAUGAAACAGUUGGCUGAGCGUAAAGAAGCAGAAGCGCAAGAGUACGAUAAGAUGGCUAAAUCAGCUAGAAACACUGCUGCCAGGGACCACUACAAACAGAACGCCAGGAGAUCACGAAAGUGGUACGAUAUGGACAUGAAAGAGUCUCAACGAAUCGCAGACAGCCGCGUUGCCUUUCUUCGACAGAGCCUCGAGAACUAUCUUCUUUGUCUUCAGGCUUGCAACGAUUAUGACAACGAUGUUUUCAGAAUGUUUGCGCUUUGGUUUGAAUUCGCGGACCUGGGCUUAGCCAACACAGCGGUAUCGAAGCACAUUGAACAUAUCGCCAGUGGGAAAUUUGUUCCUCUGAUGAACCAGCUCUCAUCAAGGCUCCAGGCAGAAAAGAGCAACUUCCAACAGAUUCUAACACGUCUGGUCUACCGCAUCUGCAUCGACCAUCCUUAUCAUGGCAUGCAUCAUAUUUUCUCCGGACAUCUGGGAACGCCAAAGGAUGACGGCGCGAAAUCACGCAACACAGCAGCCAAAGAACUAGCCAAGCAACUUAAAGCGGAUAAAAAAGCGAGCUUAUAUUGGGAUCGCAUCAAGAACUCGAACAUGUGCUAUCACGACCUGGCCAAUGCCAGUGAUUCUGAUUUCAGGGCAGGCAGGAGUUUGCCAAUGGAAAAUUACGCUGCAUCGAAGAAGCUGACAAUGCAGAUACCAGGACACAGGGUCCCGCCUAUCACACUUCAGAUAGAUGUUCGCCACGAUAUGAACUACAAAACCGUUCCGCGAAUCGCCAGCUUUCUCCCUCGAAUGGGCAUAGCGAAUGGUCUCAGCACGCCCAAGAUUGUGACAGCUGUCGGAACUGAUGGACGUCAAUAUAAACAGUUGUACAAAUCGGGCAAUGACGAUCUCAGGCAAGAUGCUAUCAUGGAGCAAGUGUUUGAGCACGUCAGCCAACUUCUGCAAAACCACACUGUAACACGACUGCGGAAUCUCCGCAUCCGUACAUACCGCGUCAUACCACUAAGCAACCGCAGCGGAGUCAUUGAAUUUGUCCAAAACACUAUGGCCGUUAUGUCAUAUCUGGACAAUGCGCACCAAACUUAUAAUCCGCGCGACUGGAAGCAAGCAGCCUGCCGCGAGAAGAUUGCCAGCGCGGCUGCGCACUCAACCGAGGAGCGCCUCAAGUCCUACCAAAAUGUAUGCCGGCACUUCAGUCCAGUCUUGCGCUACUUUUUCCUCGAGCGCUUCCAAGACCCAGACGAAUGGUUCGAGAAGCGACUCGCAUACACGCGCAGCACAGCAGCCAUCUCGAUCCUGGGCCAUGUUCUCGGUCUAGGCGAUCGGCACUGUCACAAUAUUCUGCUGGACGAAAAGAGCGGCGAGUCAAUCCACAUCGAUCUCGGCGUCGCGUUCGAAGCCGGCCGCGUGCUGCCCGUGCCUGAAGUAGUGCCCUUCCGCUUGACGCGCGACAUCGUCGACGCGAUGGGGUACACGGGUGUCGAAGGAGUGUUCAGACGAUGCUGCGAGUUCACCAUGGAGACGCUGCGCAACGAAAAGGAUUCGAUCAUGACGAUUUUGAACGUCCUGCGGUACGAUCCACUGUACAGCUGGAGCUUGAGUCCGCUGAAGGCGAAGAAGAUGCAAGAAGAGCAGGGGCAGAACAAGAAGUUUGAGCAGGAUGGGGAAAAAGAGUUGGAGGAACUGCAGAGCAUGGGAGCGAAAAAGAAAGAGGACGAGGUUGGCGAGGCAGCAAGGGCGCUAAGUGUUGUGGAGAGGAAGUUGAGCAAGGCGUUGAGCUCAAGCGCUGCGGUUAGUGAACUCAUCCAGCAGGCGACGGAUGAGCGCAACUUGGCGGUGCUGUACUGUGGCUGGUCGGCCUGGUGCUAGUGGGGGAAGGUCGUAGGAGUUGGUUGGUUUCUGCUUUUACAGACAUCAAGCAGUGUUAGAUAUUUCUCAAAAAUAUAUCAUUCGCACAG